AACUUGCAUUUUCUUCCGUUGAAAAAAAAGGCCUUGUUGGUCCCUCCCUUCGUCUCUGGAAAUUCUAGAUUUUCCCCUUCUCGCCGAAACGAUCAAUCUGUCUUUUCUUUUUUUUCGGAAUCUGCAUCCAUCCCCCGAUUCGAUUUCUGGGUUUUCAUCUUUUUUUUUUGAGUUCGUUCACCGAGAGUCGUGGAAUUUUCGGUCGGGAAAUUUUGGGCAAAAUCUAGGGUCUAGGGAACAUUAGGGUUCAUCGAGGCUGGCGAGUUUUAGGGUCAAAUAAAUGGCGGAUUCGCCAGGUAUCCGCCCCGUUUCAUAUGUUCUUCGGUGUGAAUAUACAGUUAAAGCUUUAGGAUUGUGGGCUUCGGUCGUAUUGCGGUAUUGUGCGGAUUACAGAGAGUGACGGGAAAGCAAUGCUGAGCGUGAUACGAGUGCAUCUACCGUCGGAGAUUCCCAUCGUCGGCUGUGAAUUAACGCCCUACGUGCUUCUCCGGCGGCCGGAUAAGACCGCCACCACCGACGAUGUCCCGGAAUCAGCGCCACUUGAAGGUCACUUCUUGAGGUAUAGAUGGUUUCGUGUGCAGAGCGACAGGAAAGUUGCCAUGUGCAGUGUGCAUCCAACCGAGCAAGCCACACUGCAGUGUCUAGGUUGUAUAAAGUCGAAGGUUCCUGUUGCUAAAAGCUACCACUGUUCCACUAAGUGCUUUUCAGACGCAUGGCAGCAUCACCGUCUCUUGCACGAGCGUGCAGCCAGUGCUGCUGGAGAAAAUGGAAAUGACGAGGAAGAGUUGUUCCGUUAUAAUAGCUCGGGUUCUGGAAUUCUCAGCACCGGUAGUUUAUCUGGGCCUGCCUCAAAUGCUAAUCUGACAAAUGGGUCGACAUCAGUUUACCCUGCUACAAUCAGCCAAAGGACUGGUGGAGGGGAAGCACUUGUUGAGGUUGGACGCUCUAAAACAUACGCGCCAAUGGCGGAUGAUGUCGGCCAUGUUUUGAAGUUCGAGUGUGUUGUGGUCAAUGCAGAGACCAAACAGACAGUGGGACACACAUGUACCAUAUUGACUUCGCGUGUUAUUCCAGCUCCUUCACCAAGUCCUCGGAGGCUGAUUCCUGUUAGUGGAGUUGAUGCAAUGGGGCACCUGGAUUCGGAUGGCCACCUUUCGUCUACGGGAUCAUUCACUGUUCUUUCGUAUAAUAUAUUGGCGGACACUUAUGCUAGUAGCGACAUAUACAGUUACUGCCCUCCAUGGGCUCUUUCUUGGCAGUACCGUAGACAGAACUUGUUACGGGAAAUUGUAGGGUACCGUGCAGAUAUAGUUUGUCUACAGGAGGUGCAGAGUGAUCAUUUUGAGGAGUUUUUCGGUCCUGAGCUGGACAAACAUGGGUACCAGGCUCUAUUUAAGAGGAAAACAAAUGAGGUUUUCAGUGGUAAUACGAACACAAUUGACGGAUGUGCUACAUUUUUCAGAAGAGACAGAUUUUCACAUGUGAAAAAAUAUGAGGUUGAGUUUAAUAAGGCUGCUCAGUCUUUGACUGAGGCUGUCAUUCCUAUUGCCCAGAAGAAAACUGCUUUAAAUCGAUUGGUUAAGGACAAUGUUGCACUGAUCGUUGUUCUGGAAGCAAAAUUUGGCAACAGGGCUGCUGAUAAUCCAGGAAAGCGCCAGCUUCUUUGUGUGGCUAACACACAUGUAAAUGUCCCUCAAGAACUGAAGGAUGUGAAAUGUUGGCAGGUUCACACAUUGUUGAAAGGACUGGAGAAAAUAGCUGCCAGCGCAGAUAUUCCUAUGCUUGUUUGUGGAGACUUCAAUACUGUUCCCGGGAGUGCACCACAUUCUCUUCUUGCUAUGGGAAAGAUUGAGCCAUUGCACCCAGAUUUGAUGGUUGAUCCUCUUGGAAUUCUGCGUCCUCACACCAAGCUGACUCAUCAGCUGCCAUUGGUGAGUGCUUACUCGUCGUUUGCAAGGAUGGGAGGCAGUCUUGUUGCAGAGCAACAAAGGAGAAGAAUGGAUCCUACAACAAACGAACCAUUGUUUACCAACUGUACCAGGGACUUUACCGGCACACUUGAUUACAUACUUUACACAGCGGACACGCUAACGGUGGAAUCACUGUUGGAACUGCUGGAUGAGGAGAGCUUGAGGAAGGACACAGCUCUUCCUUCUCCAGAAUGGUCUUCUGAUCAUAUAGCCCUCUUGGCUGAAUUCCGCUGCAUGCCUCGGACCAAACGCUGACCCAACAAGUUGCAGAUAAGUUAUAUAUACUUGGCCUAGAGGCCGGUUUUUAUUAGAAGACGGGGGAAAGAAUCUUAUAUACUGAGAGGUAAGAUCACUUGGGCAGUUUGAUUUUCCCCGUUGGGAUGGAUUUGCUUGUGAUCUAUACUGUAUCAUGGCAACUCCCUUUUCCUUAUUUCUUUCACCUCAUUGUAACAAGUAUGGUCACGCCUUGCCUUGUUCAAUUGCUUGUUUUUUUUCCCUCUGGUCUUAUAUAGUUCUUCCUGUACGCCGGGUAGAUUUUUUUUUUUGCAGACAGGCUUAUUAUUGUAAUAUUGCAAAACCUUGAAUUCCUCAAGAAAAUCUCGGCGGCUGGAGGCUGUUUUUGCCCUUCUUGGAUAACAAACAUCCCCAUUUUGGAUUGCU